AGAGCUAUAUUGCUUGUGAAAUCGUAAAACCUCAAUCGUGCCUUCAAUAUCUCUCAUCAAUCUUCCCACCACCUGUUUAAUUCCUCAAAGUUUGCAAAUCAAUUUUGCGUGACACAAUGGAAAUAAUCAAACAAAGAAUGGAAGCAACUAAAUUGCGAGCCUCUGAUCUUCAAGAACUGCUUGUCUCCCGGUUUCAAGAACGGUUUUAUCCCCAAUAUCAGGCUACUUAUGAAAACUUUGAAGAUUGGUGUAAGGAAUAUAACAGAACAUACUCUUCAGAGAAAGAGAAGCACUACAGGUUCAAAGUGUUUAAGAAAAGGUAUGCAACGGUCACCCGACACAAUCAAAUCGGAAAUUCUGGUUCUGAACUCAGCCUCAAUGAUUUCGCUGAUCUAUCCUGGGUUGAACUUGCUCAACUUAGGGAAGGACGUCCAUCACCAAUGAUUUUAGGGAUGAAAUAUUAUAUGGAUUGCAGGAAGAAAUAUUUUGGCUAUUAAGAUGAAAAAAGCGAUCUUGGAAAAUGCAACAUCCUAAUAUUGGUUAUAGGUUUAUGGAUCAUUAUUAUUAAGCAAGCAUUAUAUUUCAGUUUAUGAAUUUAUAAAUAAGUGUGGUGUGGAAUUGGUUGUUAACCAGUCAAGUUAUCUUAUGAA